CGUGCGUGCCGUGCGUGCGCGGGCGCGGUGCGGCCGGCGGGGAGCAGAAAACGGCCGGCGGCGGCGCCGCGCGGGCGGCGGGCGGAGGCGGCGGCGGCCAUGGCCGAGGCGGCGCCGCGGCCCGGGCGCUACUUCUGCCACUGCUGCUCGGUGGAGAUCGUGCCGCGUCUGCCGGAUUACACUUGUCCAAGGUGUGAGUCUGGCUUCAUCGAGGAGCUUCCGGAAGACACCAGGAGCACAGAGAACGGGUCUGCCCCCUCCACAGCCCCCACUGACCAGAGCCAGAGCCGGCAGCCCUUCGAGAACGUGGAGCAGCCACCUCUGCUCGCACUGCCGCAGGGCUACGGGCACUUUGCUUUCGGCAUCUUUGACGACAGCUUUGAGAUCCCCACGUUCCCUCCCGGGGCGCAGGCGGACGACGGCAGGGACCCCGAGAGCCGGCGGGAGCGAGAGCACCCGUCCCGGCACCGCUAUGGCGCCCGCCAGCCCCGCGCCCGCCUCACUGCUCGGCGGGCCACCGGCCGGCACGAAGGCGUCCCCACGCUGGAAGGGAUCAUCCAGCAGCUGGUGAACGGUAUCAUCACCCCGGCCACCAUCCCCAGCCUGGGCCUGGGCCCCUGGGGCGUCCUGCACUCGAACCCAAUGGACUACGCCUGGGGGGCCAAUGGGCUGGAUGCCAUUAUCACACAGCUCCUCAAUCAGUUUGAGAGCACGGGCCCCCCCCCGGCCGACAAGGAGAGGAUCAAGGCCCUGCCCACCGUGCCCGUCACGGAGGAGCACGUAGGCUCCGGGCUCGAGUGCCCUGUGUGCAAGGAUGACUAUGUGCUGGGGGAGUGCGUGCGGCAGCUGCCCUGCAACCAUCUCUUCCACGACGGCUGCAUCGUGCCCUGGCUGGAGCAGCACGACAGCUGCCCCGUGUGCCGCAAAAGCCUCACAGGACAGAACACGGCCACGAACCCCCCGGGCCUGAGCGGGGUGGGCUUCUCCUCUUCGUCGUCCUCCUCGUCGUCCAGCUCGCCCAGCAAUGAGCACGCCAGCGGCACCUCCUGAGGCCUGGCAGCGGCCGCAGCAGAAGCCACUGGGAGGGCGGGCUGCCAACCGGACUGCAGGUGCCUGGGCCCCGCGCUGGGCGGAGGUCCCGGUGCACCCUGGUUGCCAGGCAGAGCCAGAGCUGGCCCGGCAGCCCUUGGCGGGGCGGGGCUGGGGGCGCCCUUGGCUCCCAGACCUCACUCUCUAAGUGUUCAGCGGCGGGAAGUUUUUAUAAUUUUAAAUUAUUACUGCUUUGAAAUAAAUGGACGUUUUAGCUCA